AUGAAGCAAAAGGAGAAGAUGAUGAUCGUGAUUACAUUUGACAAUGAGGAAGAGCAAUCAUUUGAGUCUACCAUGGAGGUAAAAGAGAAGAGGCAAGAAUUCUUUGACGUGAUGGAUUAUUACAACGAGAUGGUGAGUCAAGUAGAGAAGCCACAAGAUAUUCGAAAUUUCAUACAAGCAACACAACAUCAAAAUCAAAUUACGAGGAGAAGGAAAGUGCUUUUGUUGAUGUGCCAGUCUUGGAUGCACUUGAAUUUGAGCAAUACCAUGGGGAACAAGAAUCCGAUCGAGGAGAUGAAGCUAUGA